CGCGAGCAUGACCGGUCAGUGCGUCAGCGUCCGCCAGAGAGGAAAGAGGAGUCGCGGUGCGCCGUGCUGUGCUAGUGAAGUGUCGUGCUGCUGCUGUGAUGCGGUCUCGCUGCGCGCUGCUGCUGCUGGCCGCGCUGGCGGCGGCGUGCUGGCCCGGGGGCGGCGGUUCACUGUCCGGCCUGUACGCGGACAACGGCCUGGACCAGACGGUGAUCCAGCGCGCCACGUCGCGCGCCGAGAAGCGGCAGGUGGAGCGCGAGAUCCUCAGCCUGCUGGGGCUGCCGCGCCGGCCGCGCGCAGCGGCGCCGCAGCUGCUGCACAGCGCCGCGCCCCGCUUCAUGCUCGACGUCUACCAGUCGCUGCUCGAGCCGCGCGCCACCAGGAGCUCCCGCUCAGAGUUCCGACUCAGCGGGCAGGAGCUCAGCGCCAUCGACACCAGCGACGCCAUCAUGAGCUUCAUCAGCCAGAGACACCACGGGAUGCGGCACGAGCGCGACCGGCUGCUGUCGUUCGACGUGUCGGAGGUGCCGCUGCAGGAGCGCAUCCUGGGGGCGGAGCUGCGGGUGUUCCAGCAGGCGCGCGCCGCGCCCGCCGCCUCCUUCAGCCUCACCGCCUACCAGCUGGUCGGCGACGACAAGAUGGAGCACCUGUCGUACCUGGACAGCGUCAACUCGACCACCACGACGGAGGGCUGGCUGUCGCUGAACGUGACCUCGGCCUUCAUCGACUGGGUCGUCUUCCCAGACACCAACAAGGGGCUCUACCUGUCGCCGCAGCUAGACUCGCGACCAGGUCAUGAGGUUCAUCUGGAAGACAUUGGAAUAAUAAGCUCUGACAGUGAAGAAGACAAGUUACCAUUCAUGGUAGCCUUCCUGAAAGCAUCGGGCAAUCGAGAUGUGCACACACGUUCUGCUCGACAGGCCCUGGGUCGAAAGCGGAAGUCGGAGAACAGCCAUGUACAGAGCAAUCCAUUUACAGAUACAAUUCCUCACUGGACAUCAAGGAACUGCCAGAUGCGAACGCUUUAUGUGAACUUUCAGGAUCUUGACUGGAAGGAUUGGAUAAUUGCCCCAAAUGGUUACCAUGCCUGGUAUUGCAGUGGUGAAUGUAACUUUCCUCUGAAUGCACACAUGAAUGCCACAAACCAUGCAAUUGUGCAGACCUUGGUUCACCUGAUGUACCCAACACAUGUUCCAAAGCCGUGCUGUGCCCCUGUGAAGCUUGGUCCAGUGCACUUGCUGUAUUAUCUUGACAAAUUAGUCACACUCAAAAAAUUCAAGAACAUGGUUGUGAAGAGCUGUGGCUGUCACUAACUGUGUGUGUACUCUAUUCAUGAUCACUGUGUUGCACUUUCUUUCAUUGUAAAUAUACCAUCGUUCAUGAAUGUGUACUUGUGAACUUCAUGGUGAAAUAUAUUGUGCAGUGUUUUUUAAGCUAGUUUUGAUAAGUAAUUAUAUAACCAAAAUUUUUUUAACUUCACAGACAAUAAGAAGUGAUAAUUAGCAAUUUUUAUCAGCCAUAACUCUAUGUAAAUAUCUGGAACAUAUUUAGAAAAUAUACAUUACUGUUUUAGGAACUUU